CUGUAAAAUCUACAUUUUCUCAUUAUCUGCUAAAAUAGUUAAAAAGUUUACAAUAUUUUAUAUUGAUCCAUAUGCUCAUGGUAAUAGCAGAGGGACCCUCUUCUCUCCUACCCCAUUAAUAUAUUAACACGCACAGACACUUACACUGCCUCAAAUGUAUCUCUGUUUGCUCAUAAUUGAGUGUUUAUAUAGGAAACUUGGUGAGGUCGUGUCUUUUGCUUCAUUCCCAUCCACAUGGCUGAAUCUGAACAUUCUUCUUCUGAUGAGACCUAUGUAAACUCUCAAGUGUUGGUUUUGAGUUGUUUGGUUUCAGAGAGAAGGAAUCUAGAGGCGAGGCUUGAAUUCUCUGAGGAAGAGGAAGAGCUUGUAAUUAGGAUGUUUAAUCUAGUUGGGGAGAGGUGGCCUCUAAUUGCUGGGAGGAUUCCUGGAAAAACAGCAGAGGAGAUUGAAAAGUACUGGAAGUCUAGAUACUCGACCAGUGAAUGAAACUACCAACCCAAGUAUUACUUUGGAGUUCGGAGUUGACAAUAUCAUGUCUGCUUGUAUUUAUUUAAAGGACCAGACGAUUCCAAAUUCUUCUCCUGCGACUCUGAAGUGUUACUGUGCAGAGCUUAGUCUAUAAUUUUUCUGGGUUUGUUUUCAUUUCUUAUCUUUCAAUAAGGAUCGAGUCCCCAUGUAAGCGUUGUUUGAGUUCUUUCCUAUGUUUUCAUGCGCACCAAUCGGAUUGUCUAAAUUAAUUUGGGAUUGGAAUUUGGGUUGA